AUUUUUUACACUUUUAAAUAGAGCACACGUGGUUUAUCGUAGUAUAAAAGACUUAGUUCACAUACGCAGACGACAGUUCAACAACAUAGGAUCUAAGAGCCACUAAAUUGUGCUCUAUUGCAUUUAUAUAGGAAUAAUCUUCAUUUGUAGCAUAGAGAGAACAUCAAAAUGGCAUCCAACUCUUUAGCCAAAAGAGUUGUUAAUGUGAUCAACCUCGGGAGAAUGGGAUAUAUGGGAGCAUUUGAUAUUCAAAACAGAUACAAACGAAUGCAUCAAGAAGAGAUGGAAGGUAAAUCUACUCAAGCUCAAAAUGUGUUAUUACUAGUUGAACACAAUCCAGUGUACACAGUGGGCGUUCGUGGUCAAGGAUACACACUUCAGGACGAAGAACGUUUGCGUAAACUUGGUGCUGAGUUCUACCACACUAAUCGUGGUGGAUUAAUAACCUUCCAUGGACCAGGACAAUUGGUGGCUUACCCGGUUUUGAAUCUCUGUAAUUUUAUUACCCGUCCUAGUUUACCGUGGUAUGUGUCAGCGUUAGAGAACACUAUUAUUAACACUUGUAAAAAAUUUGGUAUCACCGCCGAAGCCUCAACUGUCAACCGUGGUGUAUGGGUUAAUGACAGAAAAAUUGCUGCAAUAGGUGUGAAUCGUAGUAGAAUAGUGACAACACAUGGCUGUUCAUUAAACUGUAAUACUGAUCUAGAAUGGUUUAAACACAUUGAUCCCUGUGGUAUUGAGGAUAAGGAAGUUACCUCCCUUUCUAAAGAGGUGGACACGAAUAUCACUAUUGAAAAAGCCAUUGCACCAUUUUUAAGCUCAUUUCAAGAAUCUUUCGACUGCGAUUUUGAAUUCAGUGGACUGGAACAUCAUGAACUUGAAUCGAUUAUUCAACACACAGAGGGACUAAAUCAGUUAAAUGUCCCAAAAAGCAAGCAAUCUUCAGUUCGUAUGAUGUCUUCAUUGGCUGCUCGAUAGGAUCCAGGGAUAUUCCAAGAGCUGUAGCUUCACUUUCAGUAUUUUUGUGCCAUAUUGUAACUUGCAAUUUUCUGUUAUACUUAAUGCUUUAUUUCCUAAAUCAAAAUAUGUUACUCAAGAGCUUCAGGUCCUGUUUAAAUAUUUCUAUACCACUCUACAAUUAAUGUAUUGAGUAUGAUUUACCAGUUAAAAUACAUCUUUAUUUUAAGUCAUAUAAAGUGCAUGAGGUAAAUGGUAACAGUUAAAGGGAUUGUAAAGAGGUUUUCUAAACUUCUUAUGUGUAUCAGGGACACUGAUAGCAUCAAUUUGUACCAUUCCAAUUUUCAUUCCAACAUCUGUGGUUCCUGAAAUUCCACUAAAACUAAUGCGUUUUAUGACGUCACUAGAGGGGAGCUACUGGAAGCUACUAUUAAUAUCUAUGCAGUUUCCCUAUAGGGACGUCAUAAAACGUGUUAGUUUAAGUGGAAUUGCAGGAACCACAGAUGUCGGAAUGAAAAUUGGAAUGGUACAAAUUGAUGCUAUCAGUGUCCCCAAUACACAUAAAAAGUUUAGAAAACUUCUUAAUAAUCCCCUUAAUUCGGCGGCUGUUGCUGUUCAGGUUUGACUCUGUAAUAUCAUGGUCAGAAGAGCAGAGUUGAAAUGGUUAAUUAAAAAUGUUACUAUUGAUGGUAUUAAUUGUUAUAGCAUUAAAUUACUUCUUAAUGUCAUUUUGCUUUUUUCCUUGGUAAAUAGGUUUUGAUGAAGAUGUUUAACACAGUUUGUUUCACAUUUGUUUUGUUUUUCACUGAUGUUGAAUACUGUUGUUUGUUAUUUAAUAAAGAAUAUUAUUAGAUUAUAAU